AUGCACAGGAUCACAUUCUCAACUACAUACCUUGUACUUCUCCAUCUGUUACCAGUGCGCGCCGCAUUCACCGACUUCUUCUUCGCAGGCAACAAUGGGAGCUCCAGCGCACUGAGGAAGUGCCCCGGUUCACCAUUCGAAUGCGCUCCUCCUUCUGUUUGCUCGUUUGAUGAGCGAACAUCUAAACACUACUGUUGUAUUCCUGGUUCCAAGGAUGCGGUUUGCUGGGGACCCAGUGAAGGUUGUGAUGGAGGAGACCGCACGACACCUGCGGGCAACCAGCGUUCAUGUGGAUCUGGUAUAAAUGCCUUUUGCUGUUUGAAGUCCAGUGAGAUCUGUACCGAGACACUAAAUCAAGUCAACAUUUGCUGGAGUAGCCUGGUCAACCCGCUCGCUUCGCUGGAUGCAACUACUGUGAACGACACUGCGCAAUCUCUUGCGUCAGCUAGCCCGUCUGCAGCUUCAUACCCCGUCAAACUGCUUGAUCUAGAAAAACCGACGUCUACCACUACUGCUUCAUCAUCGGCGAUCCCGAGUACGCCAAUCUCGGCUUCUACCGCCUCACUCAUAACUAUCACAACUUCCACAGUCAGUUCCUCACAAACCGCCGUUUCUUCGAUUAGCCAAUCGCGAUCUACUUCAUCUCCUGCCGAGAACGAUAACUCAGGAAUUUCUGGCGGUGCGAUAGGAGGUAUCGUAGGUGGGGUUAUUGGUGGUCUAACCCUCCUUGGCUUUGCUGGCUUUUUCCUAUGGAGAUGGAGAAAGAGCAGCAAGCGCAACGCCUACGAAGCAGCGAACUCAUUCGACGCAUCACCCGUAUAUGCAAGCCCUCAUACAGUAGAAAUGAAUGUGAACCGAGAAUGUGCGGAAGCACCAGCCUCAGAAAAGUAUGGGGGAGUCACUAGACCUAUCGCAGAGGUACCUGCGGAUAGGGACGCGGCAGAACUACCUACUUUUGAAAUGAACAAUGGUUCGAGGAAUUGA